AUGCCUACAUUAAAUCAAUUGAUUCGUAAUGGUAGAAAAGAAAAACGGCGCACGGACCGUACUAGAGCUUCGGAUCAAUGUCCCCAGAAGCAAGGAGUAUGCCCGCGUGUUUCAACGAGAACACCGAAAAAACCUAAUUCAGCUCCACGUAAGAUAGCCAAAGUACGGUUGAGCAAUCGACAUGAUAUAUUUGCUCACAUUCCGGGCGAAGGUCAUAAUUCGCAGGAACAUUCUAUGGUGUUAAUAAGAGGAGGUAGAGUGAAAGAUUUGCCAGGUGUGAAAUCCCAUUGUAUUCGAGGAGUCAAGGAUUUGCUGGGAAUUCCGGAUCGAAGAAGAGGCAGAUCAAAAUAUGGUGCAGAAAAACCCAAAUCGAUAUGAGCCUCUGGAACUGCUUUUUCUCGGUCAGGAGAGGCCUUCUAACGUAAUGGGUCACUCGCCCCUAUCGAAUAAAGUAAGAAGAGGGAACAACCACAACGUUAUGCCCUAAAAUAGAACUCUACGGAGCCCUUCCGAAUGACCUAUAAUGGAGUCUAAUACACUAGACAAGAAAGAGUUGAUUUUGAUCCUAUCCAUUCGCCCGUUCCGGUGAGUAGAGGAAGAAUCAUAAAAAACAAAAAUAAGGUAUUUCAUUGUAGCUUGUCCCUAUAUUCAUGCUUGGGCUGAUGCUUUACUUAACUCGACCCAAGCGAUGCCUUUCGACUCCCAUGCCUUUCUUAGUUGGACCAACCCAA